AUGGCCUCCUGCAUUGCCGCUCUCGUCGCCGUCAGUCUGGCUAAGCACGUUCAUUACCGCUCCACUCGCAAGGACCCGUGGACGACGCCCACGAACAUAUCGGGCAACUGCACUGCUCUUCCAGCAAACGGCCACAGAGACAAACCCGACGGCGGCGGCGAGUUUGUUUGUGUCAGGAGGUUCGGUGCGGCGGGACUGGGAAACCAGAUCACGAAGACGAUGCUAAGGCUCACCGUGGGAAUCGCCAUCUCGGACGCGCUGAACCGACCGGUGUGCUGGCGGCGUGCGCUAAGAAAUGGCAUGGCGGAGAUCAACUUGGCUGAACACUUUGCACACCCUUUGCCCGAUUGCCCGACUGAGAAUUCACGUUGCUUAGUCGACAUAACCCAGAAAUUCAUGAGGGUGCCGGGGAUGAAACGCAGAAAGAUCUACGAGGAUGUCGUCUGCCACCUUCCAACUACGGCGCGGGGACCCGGAGAGGAUAGGCAAAUCGUCCACUUCGAGCAGCUGAUUCUUUGCCAGACGUGGGCGCGCUGCAAGCUGAACAGCAGUGCGAUGGAUAUGCUCGCUGCCCCCGGCGCGUGGUGUGACGAGGCAUGCACCACGCGCAGAUUCCUCCGCCGCGUGAGCGCGAGAGUGGGCGAGCUGGCUUUACCCGUUUUGUCGGCGACGCGUUCGGACGAGAAUGGGCGCGCCAGGCCGCGUGCUCGCCACCACGAGCCCAUUCUGAUCGCGCUGCACCACCGUGCUGGUGACGCGGUCGCUUUCUCCUCCCAUGACGGGGACGUAAGGGCGGGUGGGGCAGCGUGGGACCGAAAGCGCUUUGCGAACGCCACCGCGCGGGCAGUCUUCGGCGUGGCGACCAGUGCCGUUGUUUGCAACGUGACGCGAAAGUGUGCCCCUUUUCCAGCAACGAUGCCUCGCAUCUUUGUCGCGUCUGACGAUGCAGGCUUCAUCCGGGCUUUUGACGCCGUGCUCAAUGAAGACUACCCGCAGCUUGCCCCCACUUUGCAUCUUGCCCCCGAGACAAUCCAGCACAACAGUGACGCCGCCGCUGCCGGGAAGUCUAACGUCUCCACUAUUCACGAGCGGAUCGUCGCCGAUUGGCAUAUCCUGACUCGGUCCGACCUGCUCCUCGUCACGGGAGGAAGCAGCUUCUCGCAGACUGCGAACGCAUUCGUGCCACAUUGCAGGCUCAACGGCAACAACGUUGCGCCCUCUUGCCUGACGUCGGCGGAGUGGUCUUAA